UAGAUUAACAUGGGAUUAUUAUGCAUGGCUGGGUUUUAAUAGUUACGUAAAACCCAGCACUAAAUCCUGAAUGAUUUGCUGGGAUUAGAUCCAUUUGUGUGUUUUUGCAGGGAGAGGGAGGAGAUUGUAGUGGAGGUGGGUGGAGAAAUGUUUGCAGCGAGCCAAUCGGAGCCAGAUAAUCUGACAGUGCUCCCUGCUGAGAUGGAAAGUCAAGGGAAUGAAAAAUGAUUGCAAACCAACUCAAAAAUAUGCAGAGCUCAGACAGACGGAUAAAGCAGGGAAAGAGAAAUUUGGUGAAUAAUUUGCAUAGAAGAAAACUGUUGCCGUGAUGAAAGGAAUGUAAGAGGAAGAGUAAACUUUGGCUGGCUAAGUGUCGGCUGGCUCUUCUCCCUUCUGAUGCCAUCACUGGAUGUCUGCCGUCACAGCUCAGUAUGUGUGUAGACUCCACCAGAUGUCUGAGAAUAUUAAUUCAGUAAACUGUUGCACCAAGUCAGUCAGAAGUUGGCCUGUUUUACUGCGGUGGAGUUUCGGUCGCGUUUUGGAAACCUUUGGGAUCAUCUUGACUUUUAUGGUUUCCGCGAAGAAGAAAUAUUUUCCCUGAGAAGACUGGAAUCAAUUCUGACAAAAGACAACUAGUGGAUUGUGCUUUUUAUCUGCUUAUAAAGUCAUAUUAAAGAGGAAGUUGAUCCUUUUUGGCAAAGCACUCUGUUCCUGAUGGAUGACCAUAUUUAUUUCUUGACUGAGAAAGUCUUCUUCUCAGUCCGUUUUUGAACCACAAACUUACCUUUGAGCCAGGAUCUUCCUUGGUGUCUCCAUCUGAGCUUGUUCUCACCGCGUUGCUCAUGCCCAGUCAGCUGCUACCAUGAUGUUCUGCACCACCUUCCUGUCUGCGCCCUCUGAUGAACUUAAUUGUGACGACAAUGGAGGAGGAGGAGGAGGAGCAGCAGUAGGAGGUGGAGGUUUGAGCCCAGGGAGCUGCCUGUCCACUUUACACUGCCUGGUGCUCCCUCAGGACGAACUGUACCCAUCGUUCCCCGACCCGCCUUCUCGGCUCUCCAUGUCCCCGAAAGAGCCAGCUCACAACUUGGUCAACAAAAUGCUCCUCGGUGUCAGUAUGAGCGCCUGCAGGGAAAGGGAUGGUGGGUGUAUUUGGGACAGGGUGAGAAGGCGACGCUCGCGGUCCGCCUCGCCCUCACCCAGCAAAACACCCUGUAGUCCCUGUAGUGAGAGAGUUAAAGGCCCGACGUUGCCCAUGGCCACCGUCGACAUCAAAAACCCAGAGAUCAGCAAUGUUCAGCGUUACCAUAACAACUCUCAGGUGAACAACAUUGUGCACUCGUCCUUCCAGAAGAGGGAGAAAAAGGGCAAAGUGAAGAAGAAGAGGUUGACCAAGGCAGACAUCGGCACACCAAGCAACUUCCAGCACAUCGGGCAUGUAGGAUGGGAUCCAAAUACAGGUUUUGAUCUAAAUAACUUGGACCCAGAGCUGAAGAAUCUGUUUGAUAUGUGCGGCAUCUCCGAGGCUCAGCUGAAGGACAAGGAGACCUCAAAGGUUAUCUACGACUUCAUUGAGAAGAAAGGAGGCGUAGAAGCUGUCAAAAAUGAGCUACGGAGACAAGCUCCCCCGCCCCCUCCAUCCAGAGGCGGCCCUCCUCCCCCUCCCCCACCUCCACACCACACCUCAGCACCCCCUCCCCCUCCGCCUGCCAGAGGGCGAGGUGCCCCGCCACCACCGCCCCCCUCCAGAGCACCCGUCUCUGCGCCCCCUCCUCCACCUCCAUCUCGACCGGGCAUGUCCGCUCCUCCGCCUCCCCCGCCUCCCAGCCGAGGCUCUCUCCCGCCUCCCCCUCCACCUGCCCAUGCCUCCAUUCAUGCGGCGCCUCCCCCACCACCUCAUCCCUCAUCCUCUACUCCAUACAGUACCGGCGCACCGCCUCCCCCCCCUCCUCCACCUCCGCCCCCUGGCCCUCCACCCCCUGCCCCUCCGCUGCUCAGCGAGGCUGAUGUGGACACCGGUCUGCCCUCAACCGGCAAGCCGGCACUGCUGAGUCAGAUCAGAGAAGGCACCCAGCUGAAGAAGGUGGAACAGAAAGAGAGGCCGGUGUCCAACAACACCGGCAGAGACGCACUUCUGGACCAAAUCCGACAAGGAAUCCAACUCAAAGCGAGGGACGACAACACCGACUCAGCCCCUUCCACCCCGGCUCCCUCGGCGGGCAUCGUCGGGGCCCUGAUGGAGGUGAUGCAGAAACGGAGCAAGGCUAUUCACUCUUCAGAUGAGGACGAUGACGAUGAAGACGAGGAGGACUUUGAGGAUGAUGACGAAUGGGAGGACUAGCGACAUUUUGUGUCUUUUUCUUCUUUUUUCUCUCUCUCCAACCUGUGGAUGAUCAUGACACUAAAAUUGUUUCUAAAAUGAAAUCUUUAAUUUCAAAAUUCUAAAUGUAAAUGUUCUAUCAGUUCGCUGUAUAUUUUUGUUGCCUUCAUGCUUUUUUUUUUUUUUAUUAAUCUGUGCAAUACCUCAUUUAAUCUGUAAAUGUUAGUCAUUCUCACUAUCUUAGGUUGUUGUAUCUUCAUCUCUAAAUCACGUCUGUCUCUGUUCCGUUGGCUCCAUCUCUGAUAUGUGGCAUAUCUCAUUUUAACCGUGUUCUACUCCCUCCAUCUUUCUGCAUCUCUUUCUACUCCCACGUCAACAACUCUUCGAUGUUCAUCACCUCCAUCUGUCACUCGGCCAUCCUUCAUAUCUAGUGCCUCCCAUCACACAUGUUCCCUCCCUGUCACUCUCACGCACCCAGUCCCGAGAUUAACGUGCAAUUAGAUUUGAAUGUUUUGUUUUCUUUUGGUCAUUGUUUAAAGGGUGGGCUUUGCAGGUCCUCCAUCAGUUGUGUCUUCAUUGUUCGUCGGGGUGGGGGGGGGAUUGAAAUAUUUUCAUACCCUAUUGCUCUCUAGUUUAUUUUUACUUAUUCAAAUGAUCCUAGUUUAGCGCUCAUAUUUUCUUAAAACAAAGAGAGAAAACCAGGAAAAACAAGGAAUAUUUAGCUUAAUUUGCUGUCGACUGUAAAUUUGCUCCAGAGUUUUGAGUCUUGUUAUAUUUUUGCACAUAUUGAAAGAGGAGACUCAUUGCAUGUAUACAGGACAUUUUCAGAUCUGUAUCAUUGUGGAACAUACAUAUGCUUUAAAUAAUAAGGCGCUCGAACAUUAAGCAUUUUUUACCGUUUACCCAUGACACUACAUACAGUAUACGCAUGGAGGUAGUAACCCACAGUGUUAUGGCGGGCUAGCUGCUGUGAAUUCUUCUUUUUUUGUCACUGUCACACUACAGAUUCAGUUGAAUUUUUUUUUUAUAUUGUUAUUUUUACAAUAGCAAGCAGAGUAUUAAUAAAUGCCUGUUUGUUUGAAUCAGGUUAUUCAUCAUGUAACGCUUGAGGAAUAAAGACAUUUUAGUUUUACACACCUGAUGCUUUUAAUGGGUCCAUAUGCUAAGUUCCUGUACAGAAACAGCUGGACAGAAGUAGUGUUUAUCCUGUUGUAGUCACCAAGCGCUGACACAAUUUCAUGGCCAGUAUCAAUAUUUUCUUGAACAACUAGUAAAUUAUGAGGUAAUAUAGGAAUCUCUAAUAAAAUAAAAAAACGACAGUGGUCAAUCAUUCCAGGCAUUCCUUCAUCUGCAAUGUAUUUCAUCCUAACCAAGUAAUAUGUACCAAUAAUUCUGGCUUUGUGUAUAUUUAAAGGACAAUCCUUAACAAUUUUUAAAAAAGGAUUUGAAAAUAAGAUUUCUGAUAAGACAACCGACUUGUCUAUGUGGUAAAACCAUCUAGUCUGGCUUAAAACAAAGUACAAAUUUGAAAACAUAACCUAUAUGUAGCUGUUAUUUCAGCAAUCACUCUGUACUUUGCUAAGCGGCCAGAGUACAUGUGGCUCUCUUCAAAGCAAAGAUAGCUACUGCAGAUACAAGUGACAGUUAUGGAAAAAUGCUGAAACCAUACUAUAACAGUACUACAAAUUGGGGGGGGGGAUUAAGCAAUAUCUAUCUAAAGUUAGCUAACAUUAGCCAGCAUAUCCUAAAUGGUCAUCCCAAACCAAAAAAGGCCGUAGCAGCAAAUCCUUUUGAGUGCAUUUUAUUGCGAAUGACCUUUAACUUUUCAUUUGGAAUAGGAAAAUGUGUAAAUUGCUCUUUCAGAAGUGCUAGUCUAACUUUAAGUCUUCGUAUUGACGGGCACCAGAGCUGCUAACCCCUUUUUCAACCCCUUUUUCCUUUUAAGAGUCAAACAUUUGACCUUUCAGGAUUUCUCUACAGCUGCCACGUAAGCAUUUUACACAUGCUAACAACUGGCAUGUCUAUAUUGCGGAAGAGCAGAAAUGCAGAAACGUCUUUACCACAGUGGAGCAAAUACCCAGAAAAAAUGUCAAAAUGUUUUUUUCUCCACUCUUUGACAGUUAGCAAAAAAGGAAUGUUGGUGUCUUUAAAUUCUGUCCUUGCGAGACAAAUUGCUACUUGUUGAUGUCAGAACUGACCUCUUGUUGAAUAUAAAGAUAUUUUUGGGGGAAAUCAUAGCCAUGUUUUCGCUAAUAUUAGCUUCUGUAGGUGACUCGGUUAAUAAGACGCCAAGCCUUAUCAAUGAGGCUUGACAAACAAUGAACCCUUACAUUGUACACUCAAAUAAAAGGUUGAUAUUUACA